AUGCCAGAAAGUGGAUUAAUCAUAAAAAUUGGUGAUGAUAAUGAAGUCAUCAAUACAAAACAGACGGAAUCAAGUUUAUCACCAAAAUCAUCAAAAACUAAACGAACACGAUUAGCAUUUCCAUUUGGAGCUUGUCGAGUGUGUUCAGAUUCUGCUACCGGAAUUCAUUAUGGAAUUGCAACUUGUGAAGGCUGUAAGGGUUUCUUUAAAAGAAGUAUUUUGCGUAAAGAAAAAUAUCGUUGCUAUUUUGAUAAUGCAUGUCUUAUUAAUGUGGCAAAUCGUAAUCGUUGUAAAGCUUGUCGUUUUCGUCGAUGUAUUGACGAAGGCAUGUCUGUUGAUGGUGUAAAAAUGGGUCGAAUACCGAAAUUAGUUAAAGAACGAGCUUUAAAAGAACUGAAAGAACAAAAAUUGAAAGAGGCAGCUGCUUUAGCUAAAGCUAACGGAGUACAUGGAAGAGAAUCAUCCUGUUCAUCUUUAUCGGAUCAUACACUUGAAAAUUAUGAUCCAAAUACAAUGGAAACAGAUUCUUUGGAUUCACAAGUAUCAUCUAUUCAGCGAAACAGUGAUCUGACAAAUACAUAUACAAGUGAUAAUUUCGAAAAAAAAUUAACAUCUCCUUCUCCAAUGGAUGAUGAUCAAGUGCAGGUUUUAAAUAAGGUUCGUCCUUCGACAGUUGAACUAAAUUCUUCACAAUCACAGUCUGAUAAUUCAAUAAAUAUUACAUCUCAAUCAACAUCAAAGAAUCAAGAAAAAGAAAAUACACAAAUUGUAUAUCGAACAAAAUAUUCAACUUUUUUACCAGCUGAUUUUACAGUUGAUGAAACAGAUGAUUCAUCCGAACAAACAAUUGGUUUAUUAAGCAAUGAAGAAUUACAAUAUGCUCAAACAGUAGCAAAUAAAUUAAGUACAAAUCCAUCAAAUUUAGUUAUUGAACUCAAUGAAAACGAAGCCAAAUUUAUUGGAUAUCUUCGUUGUGCAGCAUACGAUGUUUAUCUUCGACGUUCAAAGAGACAAAAGCAAUUAGUUUCUCGAAUGAAUCAAAUGAUUGAAAAUAAUAUUCAAGAAUAUCCUGGUGAUAAUGCAACAUUAGGAGAAUUUUUCAAUAGUGUUCGAUUAUGUUGUCAAGUCUAUACUCAUUCAACAGUAUUAAAUAUUCAAGAAUUACCUGGUAUGAAAAAUAUAUGUUCAAAAAGUCUUCAAAAAAUAAUUUCUCAACGAGUAUUUGCAUGGUGUUUGCUUAAAUAUCAUGAAGUAUAUAAUGAAAAUGGUCAAUGUUAUUUACUUGCUCCAAAUGGUUUUCAAGUGACUCGUCAUUGGAUGUGUCAAUUAUAUGGUGAUGAAUUAUCAGAUGCUAUGUUUAGUUUUUGUAAACGUUUUCGUGAUCUUCAUCUAAGUGAAAGAGAAUUUGCACUUAUUUUACCAUUACAUAUGUGUUUUUAUGAUUCAACUAUGGAAGAUAAACAUAUACCUCAAAUGUUAAGAUCUUGUUAUCUUUAUGCACUUUAUACAGAAUUAUGUCAUAAUUGGGGUAAAAAUGAUGGAAAAAUAAUGUUAAAUAAAAUUAUGAAAAUUCUUGAAGUUCUUACUCCACUCACUGAACUAUAUCAAAAAGAAGCUGCUUCACGUAUAUUAGCAGUAUGA